CGGAAAAUUCCUAACUGGGCUAAACAGCUUAUUUAGAGUCAGAGAUUCAAGUGCAAUCCGAGCACAUUUAGUCCCAAUAACUAAAACCUCUUCGGGGCUGCACAUAUGGUGCAUAUUGUUAUGAUUUCGCUGUCAGUCUCAGUUGUUUCCAGUGCUUCGUAGAUGCUGAUGAGUCUAGUCGACUAUGCAAAGGUUACAUUCUUUCUGGAUAUGACAUAGUAAAUUUGGACCAUUGUUUCAAAGCCAUCUACCGAAUUUUCAACAACAAUACGAAAGUCAUUCAAGCCGCGCAUGUUGCUGGAGGCUAUGAGGAUGAGCUGAGGAACAUCAUGCUGGCGCAGAUCACUCCUCUCAUCAAGGAGUUUGAGACAACCAAUCACUAUGACUUUGUCUAUGAGGACAGGUUACAGAAGGCUGCAGACAGUUUUAUCGCAGAGGCCUCCAGACUGCCUAGAGCUAUUGAAUGUGUUCCCCCAUGUGGUUUCCAGGAAUCUGCUGCUACUUACGAUUGUGUCACCUGUUUGUAUAAAAUCUGUGAAUUUCCUCUGGACUGCCCAGGGUCAAACAUCACAGGUGUUGAACACAACGGGACGGAGAUCUUCUGUGGUGUUCCCUUCCCCUUACCAGCUGACAUAGAGGUUGUCUGGCGGUUUGCUGAAGAGGUCAAAACAGAACUGGUGGAUCACUUCAAGGAGCUGACCAUGGGGGUGGAUCUUCUCUAUACCAUCCCUUCUCUCCGCCUUGACCACAAGGGCAUCUACCAGUGUGAGAUCUUUUCUAAUCAGCAUUCCAUUAUCAGAAACUACUACUACCUUACAGUGAUCCCUCAGCCCCCCGCAGCUUGUGUCGAGCUGCACCACAUAUUUGAGGACGUUCUACUUCUGGAAGAGGACUACUGGCCUGUGACCCAUCCCCAUGACGGGCUGGGGAGCCCAGCGCGCCUGCCAUCUGCCCCUGUCCUCACUGCAUGCCUGGCUGUGAUGCAUCUCUUGGCCUUCCUGUGUCUGUGGUAUCUUUACUGGUUGCUGGCUAUGAGAAGAACAACCAAUUCAAGCAAUCAAGAACCUGAUGGCCCACCAAUAGAAAUAUGUUUGGUCAAAUAAUUGCUUGUAAAUAUUGCAAUAAAUUACAUUUUUGAAAAUCACA